UGAAAGAUCCAUGCCAAAGGAGUCUGUUAGGGUUCAGAGCCAGGUAGCACUGGUCAGUGUCACCUACCAUGAAAGGUUGAUGUGUAUGCUAAACACAUGGAGGUGCUUUCUAAGCUUCUUAGUAACAUGCAAACCCACUUCGAGCUAUGUGAUAUAAUUUGUGAUAUGCUGCAAUGACACGCACGGAUAAAAGCCAAGCUUACAAAAGCAAAUACAUUUUCUUGUGCAACUGGUUACAACUGCACCUUCAUUAUAUCCCCCACAACUUCAAGUGUUGUAAGGAUCAUUUUUUGUCUGCACUGCUCCUUAUCCCACUUUUUCUGUGGAGGUGUCAAGAAUGGAAGUGAAAAUUUCUUGUUGAUCUGCUAUGCAAAAACACAUAUCCUCUGUGCUGGAUUUAAAAGCAUGCACAGCUGCCGACACCCACACAGAAACAUUUAGUGACAUCCACUAGAUGCCUGCCCUAAACCUGACCCUAACAUUCCUUAGUUGUAUCCUUUGGAAAAUCUGACUGUGAACUGCAAUUACUAUCUGUAGGAAGUCCACCUGCAGGAGUGGGAGAACAAUACUCCAAGGUGAAGCAGAGAGGAGGGGGGUUGCAGUGGAAGCGUUCAGUGACUCCUUUGCUCUCACUUCUUGGCUAUCUUCCACUGUUGUCCUCUUGUUUUUUUAAGGAUUUUCCUGCAUUCAGUGUUCAUAGAUAAUGACCUUCUACCGGCGAUUACAAGCCAAAUGAGACCCUUGAGAGGCUCUUGCAUUCAAGAAAAACAGAAGUCCUUUGGAAGUCUAUCCCCUUUGUUCCACUUUUCUUUUUUUCUUUUUUAAAAAAAAUGAAUUUGUAAAGGAAAACAGCAGGGCUCUUUUCAUGAAUGUACGUGUGACACUGAAGACGUGCGGCAGGUUUGGCUGGGGUGUAGCGCAUUGAACUGUGUCUGGAUAGUUAUCAUCAGAGGUGGAUAUUGAAGGAAGGGUGCGUCUGGUGAUGGAGAGUGCACUGACAGCUCGCGACAGGGUUGGGGUGCAGGACUUUGUCUUGCUGGAAAACUACAACAGUGAGGCGGCCUUCAUAGAGAACCUGCGGAGACGCUUCAGAGAAAACCUCAUCUAUACGUAUAUUGGCUCAGUGCUGGUGUCGGUGAACCCUUACAAAGAGCUGGAGAUUUACUCCAAACAGCAGAUGGAACGCUACAGAGGGGUCAGCUUCUAUGAGAUAUCACCACACAUCUACGCCGUGUCAGACAACACAUACCGGGCCAUGCGAACUGAAAGGAAGGACCAGUGUAUUCUAAUAUCAGGUGAGAGUGGAGCAGGUAAAACAGAGGCCUCCAAGAAGAUCCUCCUAUACUACGCUAUCACCUGCCCCACUAAUGAUCACAUGGCUACCCUUGGUGACCGCCUACUGCAAUCUAACCCUGUUCUGGAGGCAUUUGGCAAUGCCAAAACACUGAGGAAUGACAACUCCAGCCGCUUUGGGAAAUACAUGGAUGUCCAGUUUGACUUUAGAGGGGCACCAGUGGGCGGUCACAUCUUGAACUACCUGCUGGAGAAAUCACGUGUAGUACACCAGAACCACGGUGAGAGGAACUUCCAUAUCUUCUAUCAACUUCUGGAUGGAGGGGAUGACAACCUGCUCAGCACACUGGAGUUGGAAAGAAACCCUCAGAACUACCACUACCUGGUCAAGGGCAAUUGUCCUAGACUCAGCUCUGUCAGUGACAAGAACAAUUGGAAAGUUGUGAUGAAGGCCUUGCCUGUUAUUGGCUUCACUGAGGAAGAAGUCCAGAAAUUGCUGAAUAUCAUCGCCAGCGUUCUCCAUCUGGGGAACACUCAGUUUGGGGAAGGGGAGGAAGGAGAAACUUAUAUCACCACUGAGACACAGAUAAACACUCUGGCGAAGCUGCUGGGUGUUGAUGGCUCAGCCCUCAGGGAGGCACUCACUCACAAGAAACUCACUGCCAAAGGAGAGGAGAUGAUCAGCCCACUAAAUUUUGAGCAGGCGAUGUCUGCCCGUGACGCCUUGGCCAAGGCUGUGUAUGGUCGCACCUUCACUUGGUUGGUGGAGAAGAUCAACCAGUCACUGGCUCUGAAGGAUGAACUCCACCACAGCAGUAAGAGCUCCUCAGUUAUAGGUCUUCUAGAUAUCUACGGCUUUGAAGUCUUGCAACACAACAGUUUUGAGCAGUUCUGCAUCAACUACUGCAAUGAGAAGCUCCAGCAGCUGUUUAUUGAGCUCACCCUGAGAUCUGAGCAGGAGGAGUACGAGACAGAGGGAAUUGCAUGGGAGACGGUGAAGUACUUUGACAACAAGAUCAUUUGUGACCUGAUAGAGGAGAAGCACAAAGGCAUCAUCUCCAUUCUGGAUGAGGAGUGUCUGAGACCAGGAGAGACCUGUGAUGUCUCCUUUUUAGAGAAGUUGGAAGACACACUGGGCGGACAUCCCCAUUUUGUCACUCACAAGUUGGCAAAUGGAAAAACUCGCAGGGUGAUGAGUAGGGAGGAGUUCAGACUGCUGCAUUAUGCUGGAGAGGUCAACUACAAUGUCAGUGGAUUCCUCGACAAAAACAAUGAUUUGCUGAACAGGAACCUGAAAGAGGUCAUGUGCCAGUCAGACAACCAGAUCCUAAGGCACUGUUUCCGCAGAGAGGAAGUGAUAGACCAGAAACGCCCUGAGAUGGCUGCCACUCAGUUUAAAAACAGCCUGAUGAAACUUAUGGAGAUCCUCAUGUCUAAAGAGCCAUCCUAUGUGCGCUGCAUCAAACCUAACGAUGCCAAGCAGCCAGGAAGGUUUGAUGAAGUUCUGGUCAGACACCAGGUGAAGUACCUGGGCCUGAUGGAAAACCUGAGGGUCAGAAGAGCUGGUUUUGCCUAUCGACGUCGCUUCGAAGCCUUCCUGCAGAGGUAUAAGCCCCUGUGUCCUGAAACGUGGCCCAAUUGGCAUGGCACACUUGCAGAGGGCGUCUCGACACUGGUCAACCACCUAGGCUACAAAGCAGAGGAGUACAAACUGGGAAGGUCAAAAAUCUUCAUCCGUUUCCCAAAAACUCUCUUCACCACUGAGGAUGCACUUGAAGCAAAAAAGCCAGAGAUAGCUUUGACACUGCAGACAUCAUGGAGAGGCUACAGGGAGAGAGCCAAGUACCAACGCAUCCGACACGCAGUGAUAGUGAUCCAGUCUGCGUGGCGAGGGAUGAAAGCUCGCAGAAGGGCUAAGAGGCGUCGACAGGCUGCUGAGUUGAUACGCAGGUUCAUAAAAGGCUUCAUCUACCGCCAUGAGGAAUACUGCCCUGAGAACGACUAUUUCCUGGAUCAUGUACGCUACUCCUUCCUCAAGAAUCUAAGUAAAAACUUGCCCAAGAACGUCUUGGACAAAAGUUGGCCGACUCCUCCUCCCUCCCUUGUUGAGGCCUCCGAGCACCUGCGGAGGAUGCACAUGAGAAACAUGGUCAUCAAGUACUGCAGGAGGGUCCAGCCUGAAUGGAAGAAGCAGAUGAUGCAGAAGGUUGUAGCCAGCGAGAUCUUCAAGGAUCAGAAAGACAGCUACCCUCAGAGUGUGGGAAGGCUGUUUUUGGACUCCAGACUGGAACGUGAGCAAAUCAAUCUCAAAGUGGUCCAGACCCUCGGCAAUGACAAAGUGCAGUACGGUGUUCCGGUCAUAAAAUAUGACAGGAGGGGUUUCAAACCUCGCCCUCGCCAGCUGCUCCUCACUAACACCUUUGCUGUGCUGGUGGACAGGACCAAGAUCAAACAACGGAUUGACUAUGCAGCACUGAGAGGUAUCUCUGUGAGCUCUCUCAGCGAUGGAAUGUUUGUUCUGCACAUGCCCAGUGAGGACAAUAAACAGAAGGGCGAUGCAGUGCUGCAGUGCAACCAUGUGAUUGAGCUGGUGACCAAACUAGCCAUGAUGGCCAGCAAAGUCAACUACGUCAACAUCAGCCCGGGAAGUAUUAGGUUUGCUGUGGCUCGAGGCAAAGAGGGAAUCAUUGAUUUUGUCAGGGGUACAGAGCAGAAGGUGGCCAAAGGCAAGCGAGGACAUCUGCUAGUGACUGCCCCUCGGAUCAACAGCACAUGAAGAAACAGCAACCAGGCAAAGAGUAAUCCUUUUUAGCUAACUACGGGAUUGCCAUUCAGAAGCUAUUUGUUCAUUUGUAGCCAACAGGAUGAUACCACAAGCACACACAACAUCCUCAACAGAAGGAAGAUCCCUUAUCAUUUCACAUACGUCAUUACAAGAAUGUCUUCAGUGUUGCAAUAAUUACAUCUAUUUUUUUCUAAUGAUUGGAAAAUUAUAACGUGAAGUCUUCACUGUUUCAAAUGUUUCAUAUCUUUAUUGUCAGUCAUACAAAUCUUACAUAAAUAUAUUUAAAUAUAUCAAAUAUAAAAUGUCCUCUGAUGUAAAACACUUUGUCUCUAUACUGUAAGAGAAAUAAAACAAAGCACUUUGAAAUAAAUAGCUUGUUAAUAAAUAUAUUCAUAAAUAGUAAAUAUAUCUUUGGAAAGUCCAGUAGAUUGAGGGCUUGGGGGGGAACAGGAAGUUGAAAAGUGUUCUCUCUGCUUUGGCAGCUUAUUUGUAAUUUACAGUUAGAGGUAAGACAGAAACUCUGGGAAAUACCCAAGAAAGCCCAUCAAUACCAUGUAAAACAACUAGUUAAAAAAAAAAACCAAAAAGCUUAAAUGACAGCUCGAUGCAUAAUGUGUUGGUAAAACCAGUAAAGCACUGAAGUUAUCACAA